AUGUCGGAGACCAACACCCCCAACCCCACCGACAACAAGGACGGCGCUGCCGCCGGCGGCAACGGCGAGGCGGCCGCGCCCGUGGAGCACCUCAACAUCAAGGUGACGGACAACAACAACGAGGUCUUUUUCAAGAUCAAGCGGACGACGAAGCUGGAGAAGCUGAUGACGGCGUUCUGCGAUCGGCAGGGCAAGUCCCUGUCGUCGGUGCGGUUCCUGUUUGACGGCCAGCGCGUUCAGCCGAGCGACACGCCGGACACGGUGGCAUCGGAUAGCGAAAGCGAAGGCGAGCACCCGCCAACCACUUACGGCUCUGAGCGAAAGGUCGGCCCUCCAAAAACACUUGCUAACUCGUCACAGCUGGAAAUGCAGGACUCGGACACGUUGGAGGUGCACCAAGAGCAGCUGGGUGGUGGCAACUAG